CUUGGCCUGCCCCGCCACUAUGUUUAAUAUUCCUUUUUAACUAAAUUGUACUUUUAAUGAUUGAAUUCAUAUCAAUUUUCAUCAAUUUUACACAUUUUAUAAUAACCGUGUAUAAUUCCAAACGUCAAGAACAAAAGGGAACGAAGGGAGUAUUUAAAUCAGAAUUUUGUAACCAUAGAGUAUAUUUUUUGGCAAACCAUGGAGUAUAUUUUUUUUUUUGGCAAACCAUAGAUUAUAUUAGACUGCUUUUUAUCUACUUAAUGGAAUAUUAUUGAAUGAACUGGGCCUAAGGUCAUUAUAAAACCCCUUCCUUUGUUUGCUUCUAGGUUUCGACACCAAUUGUCAGCCAUGACUACCCUUGGUCGUGGUUGGAGCUUCCAAAAGCUCCGACCAGAGAUGAAGAAUGAUCCAGAAAGUUAUGAAGUUGAAUUACAAUUAUUAUACCGAAAUUUCAAGGACAGCGUUCAACCUUUUGAGCAACAAUCCGAUUUCGGCUUCACCGCCAUCUCCAACGAUUCCACCGCCGACAAAGAACUCGCCGAUAAAGCCUUUUUCCUUGCUCAAUUGUGUCCUGUUUAUCCUCGAUAUCUCUAUGAUUUCCCCGACCGCCUCGUUUAUCUUCUUCAUCGCGUUGUUACUCCUGUUAUCCUGUCGCCUUCUUUGAGAUCACUUCGUUUCAAACUCACUCAAUCACUAAUUCUUCUCACUAAUAAAAAACGUUGUGUCGAUUGAUAAGGAGUUCGAAAUCUGUAACUUGAAGACAAAGACGACGUUGUUAGCAUUGUUUAUGAAACUUCAGACGCUUAAUGAUAGGAAUUUGAAGAAAUUGGCGUAUUCUCAUGUCAUUCUUUCGAUAAAGAAGCAUAAGAAUAAUCAUGCUAGGAAUAAGACUUUGCAGAACAUUAUUCUCCAUAUGCUACUGGUCUGUAACUAUUCUCUAUUUAGUUGGUAUAUAUUCGUUCGUGCUUGUAAAGAAUUUCAUC